CGUGAACACCGUCCACUCGGCUGUUUGCAUAGCCCUCCGCUACAAAGCGCACGUCACUGCAUGGUCCUCUGUAUGCCACUCUCGUUCCGUUAAGCCAAGGAGCAACCCACCGGAGACGAUUCGCAGACACCAUGCCUGUCACUCUGUACAACAUGCCCGCGAGCCCGCCAUGUGGCUUCGUGCGCUGUAUUGCCAAGCACAUAGGUGUCGAACUCAACGUCAUCGACUUGGACUUCACAAACAAGGAGCACCUAGGUGAGGACUACCUAAAGGUAAACCCAUUCCACAAGGUUCCUGCUAUUGACGAUGAAGGCUUCGUAGUUUACGAAAGCUCAGCCAUCGCCUACUACCUGCUGCGCAAGUACGCCCCCAAAUCUGAGCUGUACCCCGAUGAAAUUAAGACACGGACCCGCGUAGACCAGGCACUGGCCGCACUUUCAGGCACUGUGCAUGCUGUCCAUCCCCUGGCAGCGGUUUUCUUCCGGCCUGGCUUUUUUCUCAAGAAGACGCCCACAGCUCCAGAAGUUACCACUUACGAAGAAAAUAUUCUCAACAACAUUCAGCACCUAGUCAGGGACAGCAAGUAUGCCGUCGGCGACAACGUCACCCUCGCCGACCUUACCGUACUCUCCCACCUCGCCAUGGAUCUCGAGAUCGACUGCGUCGACCAUUCCAAGUACCCAAAGCUUGUUAGCUACUACGAAAGCCUGAAAUCUCAGCUACCUUAUUUUGAAGAAAUCUACAGGCCCGUCAUCUGCUACGUGAAGCAGCACUGGGCUUCGCUGCAGUGAAGAAUACGAUUUACAUUAGUGACCUAAUGAAGAAGAAAGUUGAACACAUCCUGCCGCCAAAGCCAGUCAAUAAACGACGCUACAAAACGCUCAUUCCAUCGAAGCUCCGCUCUUCCUUUAAGUUGACUUCGCUGAUGCAUCAUGGGGCUUACGUCGAAGAAGACGUUCCUAGUGAUUUGGUUAUUCGGUGCACAUGGCUCCAGCAUUUCUAAUAAAUCCCUCCAG